CGAUCACCGUCAUGGACUUGGUGGCGAACCAGGAGGCGCCUUUCUCAACACCACCUGUACACACCACGGACAGCACCAUAGAACCAGUGAAUUCCACAACGUGGGUUGGCAGUCGCGACGAAUCGCUGGCCCAGGUGGAGGUCAGCGUGCUCGCUCUCAUCUUCGCGUUCACUGUGGCCGGAAACGGUUUCGUACUGGCUGCGUUGGCGGCACGGCGUUCCAAGAUGACGAGGAUGUACUACUUUCUCCUGCAGCUAUGCGUCUCCGACCUGACGACUGCCUUCUUGACGGUACUGCCGCAGCUCGGUUGGGACGCCACCUAUCGCUUUCGAGGUGGAAACGUAGCCUGCAAGCUCGUCAAGUUCGGCCAGCUACUGGGACCGUAUCUCUCAUCGUACGUCCUGGUCGUGACGGCAAUCGACCGGUACCAGGCCAUCUGCUUUCCCCUCUCGAACUGCUCGUGGACACCGAACAAGUCCAAGUUGCUCAUCUCCGUCGCCUGGAUUGUGGCGCUGAUGUGCUGCGUGCCGCAGCUGUUCAUCUUCAGCUACCAGGAGAUCUCGCCCGGCGUUCACGACUGCUGGGGCACGUACGUCGAGCCGUGGGGCCUUCGUGCUUACGUCACCUGGUACGGCGUGUCCGUCUUUUUCGUGCCCUUGCUGGUGCUGACUUUCACGUACGUGCGCAUCUGCCGCGCCAUCUGGAGGAACCUGUACCUCAAGCGGCGCAACUCUGAGGCUGAAGCGACGUGCAUGGCUGGUCGCGCCUAUCGCUUCAAGGGCGCCUCGACUAGCUGUGGUGCGUCUUUUGUAAGACCGAUAAACCUGAAGCCAGCGAGCUUCAUGGGACCGCGGAGCCAUUCUGUGCGCGGCUUGUCCCGGGCCAAGAUCAAGACUGUCAAAAUCACAGUUGUCGUUAUACUUCUGUACAUCGUCUGCUCAUCGCCUUUCAUCUGCGUCCAGAUGUGGAUGCACUGGAGCCCCGAGGUCGACAUCGGCAACGCGUGGACCAACGCCGUCGUGACAAUCCUGAUGCUGCUCAACAGUCUGAACAGCUGCGUCAACCCAUGGAUCUACCUGCUGUUCAACCGGAACCUUAUGCACGCUCUCAAGCAUCAGGUGUGCCGCUGUCCGACAAAGAGCGUCAGUCCCGCCGUGGCCGUGAGCGGAAUUGUUCCUGAGCUGACGACCCAGGGAACUGAGGCCAACGUGACCGUCAUUCAGCAGCCCAUGUCGCAGCUGCUCGUCGAUUUCGAGCCCCCCGGUAGUUUGAGGGGACAGCGUGCCUGCUGCCACCCCAGAAUGCACGCCGACAGGAACGGGGUUGUCUCCUUGGCCGAGACGAUCGCCAUGACUCCCUUCACUCUGCAGGCGACGAGCUCCAGCAAUGGCGGCGGCGGACAGUAUGUGCCGUGCCGAUGAGCAUAGAGUGACGAGCUUUUCAUCGAUCGCAUACCCCUGUCAAAAUGAUUACGUUGUACUGUACAUCCCGCAGUGUGCGUUGGGAUCCCUGCAAGUAAUAUACUUAGUGAUCACGUGUGCGUGAAGCAGCGUACCUAAGAGAACAAAGCGGGAAAAACAAACAAGUUAAUUAAAUUCUGGAGUUUUGCGUGCCAAAACCACGAUGACGUUGCAAGGCACGCCGUAGUGGGGUGCCCCGUAUUAAGUUUGACCACAUGGAGUUCUUUAAUAUGCACUUAAACCCAAGUACAGGGUUGUUCUUGUAUCAAAAUAAGCCGCCGUGACCAGGUAUCGAACCCACGUCCUCGAGCUUUACAGUGCCAGACAUCAGCCGCUAAGCUUCCGCAGCGGGCCUGAAAACAAAAGUAAACGACGCUUUUUCUUUAUCCCUGCUUUUUUUCCGUUUUGUUCUGUGCUAUGCGUUGCUUCAAAUACACCUUAUGAUGACUAGUCACCAACACGCCUAAUUGUCGACUUUGCUGAGCUACUUAGUGGGUUUUGUAAGAAGAUCCAUUCGCGACUGCAGUGCCAGCAGCUGUCUAUAAGGUGGGCCAUCGAUUAGACUGGGAAUACACGCACAGUUUUCUUGACACUAAUGUGCGGUAACGUGCGCUAGGUCUCGAAGGCUGGUGACGUCAUUUCGAUGUAGUCAUGCCGGGCACAGACUGCUCUUUCUUGUGAGUGAAAAUGCGUCGCUCUAGUAUUAAAUACACCAGCAGAAUGCAUGGUUCAAUUGAAAAGCUGGCUCAAUGUAUCUAGGCUGGCGAUGUGUCUGUUUCGUGAAGUUCGUACACAGAACAAGAACAGUGCUCCGUUCCGUAGCCAUGCUUGAGGAUUGCGUAAUUAUACCGGAAGCGACCCGUCUCCUCUGGGCUUGAAUAUUUGCAAAGUACGUGCGCAGUACGUCAUAGUUUCUUGCGGGAAUCCAUCGUAUUUUGUGUCAUGUGCUGAUUGGACCUUUUUAAUCCGCCUCUUUCACGAUGCCAUGGCGCAUGUGCCCUUCAUAAAGGUCACGCAACGUCCCUUCAUCUCGGAAGCUUUCGUUCUGGCAAUACCGGUUGUCCCGGUCCCUACCGAAACCCUACCAAAACGCUAGAGGCCAGCACAGGAAAAUGAAAAAGGCGGAUUGUUACUAGGUCAGGUUACAGGUGCCAGGCCAGCAGAACAUAAUCGGUUUUAUUAAAUGAACAUUGUUGUUUACUUAAACUUUACAAGGCGCAUGUUAUCUCAGGCAGUGAUAUAAGGAAAAUACAGGCACGUUCCUAAUAUUCUGCUCUUUGCUGCGGCGUUAACUAAGGCGCCGCGUCACGGACCUAUGGGUCAGUGCUUCCGCUCCUCUAAAACAGCCUACGAAACGCGCUAUUGCUAUGCUCAAGUAUGUUGUAAAUAUUUCUACCCAAAUUCCAACUUGUAAAUUACCACCGCUGAAAAUUAAUUUGCUAAAUUACGCGCGUUGUAGAACCCGAGGAAGAACUAAGGGGAAUCAUUUUCCAGCGUAACUUACUGUGGCAAGCCAUGUAGACGUCUUUCUCCUGUGUGCCAUCCUCUUCUCAUCAUCGAGGUAACAAUGUCCUUUUGACAGAUCACUUGUAACGGAUAACAGUGUUCCACGCAGUGCUACAAACCAUUUCCCAUUCAACUCCACCACCAUCGUCUUAUUCAGAUCCUCAUUCAACUCAGUUCAU